CUCCACACCACUAGGGGCGCUGUGCAUUAUAUCCCUGGUUUAGCUGUACAGUGGAAAGGGGUGGUUUGGCUCCGCAUUCUAUAGCCUGAGAUCCCCGUCGGAAGGGGGCGCUAGAGGAUGUCUCGUAGAGUCCGGUCUGCACACGACAUAGGGCGGUUGAAUGCAUUGUUGUGGAGCUGUUCCCCCUCCUCACCACACGGGGCGCUGUUGACUCGCCGCUAUGCGCUCCCAGCCGCACGGCGGCGUUGUUGUGUAACGCGUUGUCUCCGCGGGUGCUGCAAAGGCCUCGCUCUUUCCCUCGUCCGGUGAUCGCGCCAAGCAGCCCGGAGAGCGGUGCUGGACAUGGCGGCCCCGGUGUCCCCGGUAGGGAAGCGGAUGAGGCUGCUGUUUGACGAGAGCUCUUCCGGACGGGAGGGAGUCCCAGAUCCGUCUAUCCCGUUGGGGAAGCGGGCCUGGGAGGGCGGAACUGUGCGGGGGCUCAAGGGAGCGGCGCCCGAGGAGCUGGCGGUGUUUGUAGAAUUUGAUGAAAAAAGCUCUAAGCCUCAUUCAUGGGUACAGGUUCAUGGAGAAGAUGUACUGGUGAUCUUGCUGGAAGGGCCACUUGUUUGGUCACCAAGGAAAGAACCUCUUCUCAUCCAGGGGAGUCGGAUCUGCCCCACGCAUUGGCCAGCAUUGACAUUUACAACUCUGGUGGAUAAGUUGGGCCUGGGAACCCUGGUCCCUAUAGAGUUUCUAUUGGAAGAAGUCCUGCAUUUCCUUCCAGAUGCCAGCACUCUCCGUCUCUAUCAGAUGGGAGUUGACAGCCACAAACUGGUGUUAAAAGAACAGCCCUUUUUGCGGGAUGCGGUUACUGACAUUAUUAACUCAAGGAAAAUCCAAGAAAUCAUUUUAAGAGCUUCUGGUGGCAAGACUGUAAUCAUUGAUCCCAAAUUGGUACACGUGGUGCUAGUUGAUGAGUCCGUUCUAGAGCCUGAGGAUUCCUUGUUAAAAGCUACAAAAUCAACAAAAGCAAAGAAGAAAAAGGAAAAUGCAGAUGGAAGAGAUGGCCGUAGAAGAAAACUAACAGAUGCAGAAGGCGAUACUUCAGGAAAAAAACUGAAAGCAGAAAAGAAGGAAUUGGACAGCAAUGGCAGCGAUUCUAGUGAACUUAACCGCGGUUCUUGGACUAGUGGCAGCAGUGCUGACGCUGCAGUAGAUCCUAGAUCCAAACAGAUGUUACAUUUUGUUCCACAAAUCAACCGCAAUAUUCGCUUUGCAACUUACACCAAAGAAAAUGGCCGCACAUUAGUGGUCCAAGACCAGCCUGUUGGUGAAGGAACACCUCUAGCUGCUUUCCCACCCUUUUCAGCAAUGGCUAGUCAAGGCUCACUGACGCCGGAAACAGUAAGACCAGUGAAUAAAAAUGCAUUACCAGCGGAUAUCCCUGUUAGCACAACUGAGAGUUUAACACCAAGUGGAGCAACACAAACUACAGUAAGAAUCUCCGACACUGGUCUUUCUAAUGUAGGGGGAGAAGAUGGCAAGAAGCCUAGCUGGACCUCUGGAGAGAGUUUCAGAAAAAGCAUGCCUGUGAAAAGUGGUUUUGGCAUGUCUGUACAUCAGCCAACUUUUGGAGAGGACAGAAAUCAAUCCAAUGGCACAAUUCCAGGAAACAAACCUGUUGGUUUCCAGUUUGGUACUAGUAAUAUUCAGGAAGAUACAAAAGAGACAGAUCUGUCUAAAAAUCUGUUUUUCCAGUGUAUGUCACAAAAUGUUCCACCCAGUAACUAUUUUACUGCCAUCUCAGAAAGUACUGUGGAAGAGCCUUCUAGCAAGGACCCAGGAAUGUUAUGCAAGGAAGGUCUAUCUUCCACGCUUUUCAAGCCAAAAGCUCUCAGCCCGCAGGAAACAAAAGUAAAACCGACCUUUUCUGAAUCUAUGCCAAAACUUACCCCUGCGUUUCCUGGAAAGGUUUUAACUACUCGACCACCAGAGACCCAUGAAAACCUUUUUCUGCAGCCCCCUAAGCUUUCCCGAGAGGAACCAUCAAAUCCAUUCUUGGCUUUUUCAGAUAAAAAGGACAUUUCACCAUUUGGCUUUGCGACCCCUUCAGGCCACAGUUCCUUACCUAGAAAUAUUUCAUCGUCUAUUUGGCAGGACCAACACAGGGGGGAUGAACCAGGCUCUUUGUUGAAAACUAAACCCUUGUUUACAACAGAGUCACUAAAAAGGUUACCCAUAACUUCAGGUACAUCAAUAACCGAAAAUCUUCAAAAUUCUACAUUUUUGGGAAAUGGGCGAAAUUCUCCAGCGAAUAACUUAAGUCAACCAAUUGAAAUGCCAACGUUGUCGUCGAGCCCUACUGAAGAUAAGCCAGCGAUUGGAUCUGGACAAAUGGACAACCCAUUGUUAAGAACAUUUACUGCUUUAUCGAGUAAACUCCAACCAGGUGUCCUCUCCUCCACAGAUUUUUCUCAUGAUGGUAAAGCCGCUUUUGAAUCUGUUAACAGGUUCACGCUGGAUGAACGAAGUAGGAUGUCAAAACAGGACUCUGAUUCCAGUACGAACAGUGACCUGAGUGAUCUGAGCGAUUCAGAAGAGACGCUGGGCUCUAGGGCCGGCUUUAAAGGGAUUCCAGAGCACUUUGUUGGGAGACUAGGUCCUAAUGGAGAGCACAUUGUUGACAUGUUAUUGGCGAAAGGUAGAGGCAAACCGAUCCCAAAGCCAAGACCAAGAACUACUGCUCCAAUAAAAGUUGGACAGUCGGUUUUGAAAGAUGUGAGUAAAGUAAGAAAGCUGAAGCAGUCUGGAGAACCUUUCCUUCAGGAUGGCUCCUGUAUUAAUGUUGCGCCACAUUUACAUAAAUGUCGCGAGUGCAGAUUAGAACGAUACCGCAAAUUUAAAGAGCCAGAUCAGGAUGACUCUACUGUGGCUUGCAGAUUUUUCCACUUCCGCAGGCUGGUUUUCACCAGAAAAGGAAUACUUCGUGUGGAAGGUUUUUUGAGUCCCCAGCAGAGUGAUUCUGAAGCCAUGCGUCUCUGGGUUCCAAAUGCGAUUCCAGCUGAGGGCAUUGACUUGGAGACCUCUAAAUAUAUUCUUGCUAAUGUGGGAGAUCAGUUCUGCCAGUUAGUAAUGUCUGAGAAAGAAGCAAUGAUGAUGGUGGAGCCGCAGCAAAAGGUUGCUUGGAAGCGAGCGGUAAGAGGUGUGAGGGAGAUGUGUGAUGUUUGCGAGACUACACUCUUCAAUAUUCACUGGGUUUGUCGCAAGUGUGGCUUUUGUGUCUGCCUCGAUUGUUAUCGGCUCAGAAAAAGCAGGCAACUCAUAGCUGCCCCAGAAGAUGAAACAGGUGAUGAAGAGGUAUUUGCUUGGUUAAAAUGUGCUAAAGGACAGUCCCAUGAACCCGAAAACCUCAUGCCAACACAGAUUAUCCCUGGCACAGCCCUCUACAACAUUGGCGAUAUGGUCCAUGCUGCAAGAGGAAAAUGGGGUAUCAAGGCAAAUUGCCCAUGUAUUAACAGACACAAUAAAACCGUUUUAAGACCGGCAGUCACCAAUGGCAUGUCCCAGCUUCCAACCGUAAAUCCUCCUGUCAGUGAUGCGGCAACAUCCUCAACUACUGGACAAACAAAUGAAGAUGGCCUUAAAACAGAGGAUGAUGUAAAACCAGGCACUGCUGACAGUAUUACAGAGGUAACCAUGGCCGACCAGGAUGAUCAGAACACUGAGAAUAAAAACAAACAGCAGUGCCCAGAAUCUAGUCCCUCGUCUGCCCUGCACUGGUUGGCGGACCUGGCAGCACAAAAAGCAAAAGAAGAAACAAAAGAUCCUAUCGCACAGAGUCCUGUACAGCAAAAAGAAUCAAAUCCUUCCGUAGGUUUGGAUUCCCCUAAUUCAAAUUUUAAGACCUCCUCAUCCCCCAAAUUGUUCAACAGCCUCUUAUUAGGCCCAGCUGCCUCCAACAUAAAAUCUGAAGGUUCCAGUUUAAGAGAUUUACUUCAUUCUGGUCCUGGUAAGCUCUCUCAAGGCGCAAUGGAAGGAGGAGUUCCUUUUCCUCCAGUCUUUAAUGCUACAGCAAAGGGAAAAUCCAGCUUACCAAACUUUUUGGACCACAUUAUUGCUUCUGUUGUAGAAAACAAAAAGACAUCCGAUGCUGCCAAGAGGGCCAGUAGCUCGACUGAGAGUCUUAAAGAGGGGAAGGAGAUGGUGAUGGGUUUACACGUGCUUGACCCACACACCUCACAUUCCUGGCUUUGUGACGGAAGGCUUCUCUGUCUACACGACCCAAGCAACAAAAAUAAUUGGAAAAUAUUUAGGGAAUGUUGGAAACAAGGCCAGCCUGUGCUUGUUUCUGGAGUCCAGAAAAAGCUAAAGGGGGAGUUAUGGAAGCCUGAUGCAUUCAGCUUGGAAUUUGGUGAUCAGGAUGUAGAUUUGGUGAAUUGUCGGAAUUGUGCUAUCAUUUCGGAUGUGAAAGUUCGAGAUUUUUGGGACGGUUUCGAAGUUAUUGAAAAAAGAUUAAGAGCAGAAGAUGGCUCUCCUAUGGUUCUUAAACUAAAAGAUUGGCCUCCAGGGGAAGAUUUCAGGGACAUGAUGCCAACAAGAUUUGAUGAUUUGAUGGACAAUCUUCCUCUGCCAGAAUAUACAAAGCGAGAUGGGAGGCUAAAUUUAGCUUCAAGAUUGCCCAGUUAUUUUGUGCGACCAGAUCUUGGGCCUAAAAUGUAUAAUGCCUAUGGGUUAAUCACGGCAGAAGACAGACGAGUUGGCACAACAAACUUGCAUUUGGAUGUGUCCGAUGCUGUUAAUGUCAUGGUUUAUGUCGGUAUUCCAUUGGGAGAGAGUGCACACAAUGAAGAGGUGCUGAAGACUAUUGAGGAAGGUGAUGCUGAUGAAGUGACAAAAAAACGUAUCCAUGAGGGAAAAGAAAAGCCUGGAGCUUUAUGGCAUAUUUAUGCUGCCAAAGACGCAGAAAAGAUCCGUGAGCUUCUAAGAAAGGUUGGGGAUGAACAAGGGCAAGAAAAUCCAGCAGAUCAUGAUCCAAUACAUGAUCAAAGUUGGUAUUUGGAUCAGGCAUUACGUAAGCGUCUCUAUGAUGAGUAUGGAGUACAAGGCUGGGCAAUUGUACAGUUCUUGGGAGAUGCUGUUUUCAUUCCUGCUGGAGCACCACAUCAGGUCCACAAUUUAUACAGCUGUAUAAAAGUAGCAGAAGACUUUGUCUCUCCAGAACAUGUGAAACACUGCUUCCGCCUGACACAGGAAUUUAGGCACUUGUCAAAUACACAUACAAACCAUGAGGACAAAUUACAGGUGAAGAACAUUAUCUACCAUGCAGUCAAGGAUGCUGUUGGCACGCUCCGGGCUCAUGAGUCUAAACUGGCGAGAUCAUAGAAAAUUGUAACCGGACCCCCUAAACUUUUGGAUUUUUUUUACUUUGACUAGAGGCAAACGUCAAAACAGUGUGAAUCCAUUGUACAACCCAGACACUUUUCUAUCCAGCCUCAUAAUCACAUGUACUAUAGACGUCUCACUUAUGCACUUGACUGAAAGGUGUCUAUUUACUGUUUCUGCCUUCAGCUUUAACCACCUGAUUUCUGGAAAACUGUGCUUCUGGUAGAAUUCUGGACUAAAACUGUAGAAGAGCAUGUUUGGCUUCUCGGGCAUAGUUUUCCAGUCUUGGAGAAAUCUACAAAAUCAAUUCAAGAUGAACUAACAUAGUUAAUACAUGAAAAAGAAACUCUUCACAUUGCACCCACAUGUCUAACACAAUGGAUAAUUUAAUCCUUGUAGUUAUUUGCAAUACAAACCAACUUGUUAAAACCUUUAAUAGCAUAGUUCAAUAUGCUAGCUCUCAAUAAAGUGGAGGGUGCUGCAGUCAUGCUUUUUUCUGGGGAAAGCAAGUGAUCCGAAAUGUAUUUAUUAAUUGGUUUGUAGCAGAGCAGUUACUCUUUCAUGAAGUUAGACAUUUUUAGACCGUUUGAAGACCACCUCUGUUUUCCUGUAUUUCCAACAAGGCACAUCGCAUUUAGUCUUCCUUUCCAAUUGACUUUUCUCUGUAGAGUCAUUCAUAUAAGAGGAUAAGCAGUGGGUAGGGUCAGAAAACCCUAGAACCAUCCAAGUGACAGAGUAAGCCAUUAUUGGACAUCCACACCAUUUCCAUUAAAUGUAUAUAGUUGCUGUAGCAACUUCAUCUAAAAUCAUCCAUUUCAUUCAACAAUUAUAUCCACACAAAUAAAAACAUCAUUUUUUUUUUUUUUAGCCUGUGGAAUAUUUUGAGAGUAAUUUUUGAGGCAAAUUAAAUGGAGUCAGAUAUCAUAGGUAUAAGGAACUUUCCAUAUUGACUUUUGGAAGGUGAUCAUUUCCCUGCCUGUAUUGUUGUGCCACUUUGCAGGUCUGUUUAUAUAUUCAGUUACACAAGUUUUUUAAGUGAAUUACUGUAGAUGACUUUUAAUUUGACUUCCUGUACUUUGAUUUUGUGAAGGGCUGACUAGGGUUUCCAUGUUCUUAUUAAAGUACAAUGAAUCUCUA